CCAACCGGAGACGGAAGUAUCUGCUUGCUUAGCUUAGCCCCGUAAGCUAGUAUCAUAGGUGGGCUAAAUAUAGGCAAAGAGGCUCCCUGCGUGUAUUUUCACAAAGCGAAAGACUUUUUAGGACAUAUAUGUCAUUUGGUGGAGGUCAAAAUGGCGGCCGCCGCGCUAGCAAGUGGGACCAGCCGGGUCCCAGCACUGGAGGCCCGGGGGAGGCUGAGGCUGCACCCACGGGGGCUCUGGACGCCGCCGCCGCGGUGGCUGCCAAGAUUAAUGCCAUGCUGGUGUCCAAGGGCAAACUCAAGCCCUCGCAGAUAGGCACAUCGGGACCCAUUGAGAAGGCUAUGGGCAUCGGGAAGCCUCAGGUGCCAGCCAAGGCUAAAGACGACCUAGUGGUGGCGGAGGUCGAGAUCAAUGACGUCCCGAUCACAUGCCGGAAUCUCUUGACGCGAGGGCAGACGCAGGAUGAGAUCAGUAAAGUGAGCAGUGCUGCCGUGUCCACCAGAGGACGCUACAUGACUGCAGAGGAGAAAGGCAAAGCGCCACCGGGGGAUCGUCCUCUUUAUCUGCACGUUCAAGGACAGACGCGGGAGCUUGUGGACCGAGCUGUAAACAAGAUCAAGGAAAUCAUCACCAAUGGGGUUGUGAAAGCUGCCACCGCCUCGUCAGUGUCCUCGUCCUUUUCCUCCGCCACCGCACCCACAGUGACAGUUUAUCAGCAAGCACCUCCAUCCUCGCUGCCACCAAUGAUGCACCACAAACCGCACUUCCAGUCUGGAAUGCACUACGUUCAAGAUAAGAUCUUUGUGGGCCUGGAGCACGCCAUCCUGGGCUUUGUGGUCAAAGAGCGGGUGGAGGGUCCCGGCUGUUCGUACCUGCAGCACAUCCAGGGUGAGACUGGAGCCAAAGUCUUCCUCAGAGGAAAAGGCUCAGGCUGUCUGGAGCCUACGUCUGGAAGAGAGGCCUUUGAGCCCAUGUACAUCUACAUCAGCCAUCCCAAACCAGAAGGUCUUGCAGCAGCGAAAACAUUGUGUCAAAACCUGCUACAGACUGUCCAUGCAGAGUAUUCUCGCUUUCUCACUCAAAUGAACUCAGUGAUGCCAUCACAACAAGGCUUUGCACCGCCGCCAGUGGUGAACGGGAUGCCCCCGCAACCCACAUACUACCCCCCAGCUGACUUCCAGCCCGGCUACCCCAUGCCAGUGCCCCCACCACAGCAUCAUCCCCCACCUAUGGCCUUCUCUGUGCCACCUCCCAUGCUUCCACCUGCGCCACCCAAAGUUUCCCUGCCUCAGUUCCCACCUGCUCCACUGCCGCCUCCACCGCCUCCGAAUCUGGCUCCGCCUCUUUGUCCAGCGCCUCCUGUUAAUGCUCCUCUUCCGGCACCUCUUCCGCCACCCGUCCUUCCUCCUGCUCCAGCUUCUGUGGUUCAGAUGGUUCCCCCCAUGUCCUAUGUUCCUUCGGCUGUGGCGCCACCCAAAGCUGCGCCUCCUCCAUCAAUGUCGGCCAAUCCGGCGCAGAAAAGACGUUUCACAGAGGAAGUGCCCGAUGAGUAUGACAGUGGUCUCCUUGGCUAUCAGGUGCAGGCUACUCCGCUGGCAGCCCCGAGACUGCAGGACCCCCAACGUCGAUUUCCUCCGACCUUCCGAGUGAGAGGGACGGUAGGCAGCUAAUGCCUCCACCACUGUUGCCCGUAAAUGGCGUGAGACCCAAGAUGGAGGAGAGGCGGCAACCACAAGGCCCUGUGGGUAAGUCUAUUAUGUCACAUUGACAAAUCCUGUGUCCAAAUCCACCGUCAGGAAAAGUGGAAUUUUUCCACCCAGGAAUCUACGUAGACUUAAACUAAAAUGUCUCCAGUGGAUCCGCUGACGCAAACAAAGAGUUGAUGCUUUUGAUGACUCUUCCAGGAUUCUGCCGCCGUGACUUAAAAACCUCCUAGUAGUUCAAGUGGAACCAUUUAUCCAGUUUCUUGUCCCGUUCUGAUGACAUCAUCAGUAUGCAGCGUGGGCCUCCCUCACUAACGAGAGUCUCUCCUGUUUUUGUGUUUUCUCUUUUUUCUCUUGUUUUUCCUCUCUUCCAUGUCAUCUCUGGGGGUGGGGGUUGAUGACGACUUGUCACGUGACGCCGUCCUGCUGCUCCAUUGGACGCCCCCCACCGACCAAUGGCGGCUCUGGGAUGGCCCUACCAUCCUCCGCUGAACUAAUCUGUUUCUAACAAUUUGGAUUGUGUUGAAUUGUUGCUGCCAUUUUUUUUUUGUUGUUGCUGUUUUUUUUCUUGUCUUCCCCCCACCCCACCCCAACACCCUCCCAAAUGUGUGUCCUCCCCCUUCCUUCUAGCAGAGCCUGCAGGGAAAAGGCUAAAAACAGGCUUGGUAGCGUACGCUGGCGACUCGUCUGACGAGGAGGAAGACCACCCGAGCGCCAAAGCCUCAGGUAACCCCGGGGGCUCCCCUUCUACCUCCUUAGACUGGAUACAGGGGUACC